AUGAGUAGCCCAAAGCGCAGAAUCGAGACUGAUGUCAUGAAGCUGAUGAGUGACUAUGAGGUGACUCUGGUCAAUGAUAACAAAUUCUACGUUCGAUUUAAGGGCCCGGAAGAGACACCAUUCACCGGAGGCCACUGGAAAAUCCACGUCGAAUUGCCUGAUCAAUACCCAUACAAGAGCCCUAGCAUCGGAUUUGUCAACAGAAUCUUCCACCCAAACAUCGAUGAGCUAUCUGGCUCGGUCUGCCUCGAUGUGAUCAACCAAACCUGGUCGCCAAUGUACGACAUGCACAACAUUUUCGAAGUGUUCCUUCCUCAGCUCCUCCGUUACCCCAACCCUUCGGAUCCACUCAACGGGGAGGCAGCAGCGCUGAUGAUGCGUGAGCCCAAGGCAUACGAAGCGAAGGUCAAAGAAUAUGUUGCCAAAUACGCCAGCAAAGAAGCCGUGGAUGAAGCAGGCGAGGACACCGAGUCUGAAGAUGAGCUCAGCUCGGCGGGAAGCUAUGAAUCUGGCGGCGAAGAGCCUGCGGGCACAAUGGACGAUGUCUGA